CACACAUACACACACACGCCAGAGUUACUCACACUUCAACUUUACACUUUUCCAGCGAUCCUUGCCGUUCGGAUAAGCGACACGCGGCUUAUAUAUCAAACCAAGAACACCGCCUUUGGGAUUUCUGCUCAAGAAAUCACUGGAUUUCAGGACAUGAAUCUGCUGAGAAUCUGUUUUAACGUGAGGAAGAACUGAACGGCGAACGGGCUUGUAAAGGCACAACAGAUUGUUCAUCUUAAUUCAUUCACGACCGUGGAAGUAAACGUUCGUCAACAUCGCUCUUCAACAGGCGAAUCGCUCGGCAAAACGUUUAGCAGUUUCGCCGCUCUUGUUUUACUCAGAUAAUACUUUUUUUCUACUUUUUUUUCAUUUUUCUCGCGGGACCUGACGGGGAAACUUUACAAGCUGUUAUUUUGUCGUAGGCUUUGAGUCGAGCAACAUUGAUACAAUGUCGCAUUGAUGGAUACAAUCUUUCAACCUGUCGCGCGCUGGAAUGUCUGGAAUCCUUUGAAGUGGACGCGACGCGAAAAUGAGUAAUUAUGGCGUGACUUUAUCAAUCACUGCGCGCGGGAAACCAGACGGAAAUCAUAAUGUGCUUCUGAUCAUAUAGAUCUGACCUCAGGUGAUCGGACUCUAUGGGUCACCUGUGCGCGAUCCCAUCUGUCCACUUUGGAUUAAUGUGCGCAUGUCAUAUUUCACGUUUAGCUGUCAGUGACACGGGCCAGCUCACGCAAACUAACAUUUAAUCGAUACUAAACUGCCUUUUGAUUACGUGUGUGUGUGAUAACAAGUGAUAUCAGUUUUAUAAACAGUAUAAUUGUUUAUUAACUAUGCUUUUGUUUGAAAGACACCACUUUAAGUAGGUGUUGAUGAAAAAGACAUUAAAGAGACUUCAGAAGCCACUGACAUCUCUGGGCACGUUCAGUGGAUAGCUGGGAAUUCUUUAUUUUAAUUUUUUUGCUGGGCUCUGAUUGGCAGCUCUGUGGACAGUGCAUCAUGGAUGGCCGGAGCCCGCCCCUGCGCCCGGGACAAUGAGGGUUCCUGUGUGGCGAUUGGCCGGGCUCUGGCCGUGGCUACUCAUGGCCACCUUGCAAGUGGCGUUGGGCCACACGGGUUUGGAACUGGCUGCUGCCGUGGAGUCCGAAAGGUCGGCACCCAAAGCCGUGAUCAAAGUGACCCUGUUGAAGCAGGAGCCCACCAGCAGGCCCAUCACACUGGAGGGGGUGUUUGCCGGAGGCAGUGCUGGCUAUGCCGAGGGAAAACUGAUGCAGUCUCACCCACUGUCUCUGUGUAACACCAGUGAGGACGAGCGACAGGAGAGCAUCUUCAUCAGCAUCGUCAAACUCGAGAGUCCGGAGAGCAAAGUGCCACAGUGUCAACCGCUGCUGGACAAAGCUAGAUUGGCUCUUCAGAGAGGGGCUCAGGCUGUUAUCUUUGAUAUUACAGAUGAUGGCAGUGCUGCUCAGGAACUGCGUGACUCUGGUUCUCUGCCGCGGCCGGUCGUGUUGGUGAAGUCAACAGACGCUGAAGAAUUGAUGGGUCUGGUCAAUAAGAACGAGGAAGCCAUGGUGCUGAUAGACAUCAUGAUGGAAACUCCUAAAUGGCCUCACUAUGAUGUUGGCAUUCUCCUGACCGUCGCUCUGGCUGUGUUGGCCAUCAUCAUGAUCUUUGCUCUGCGAUUCCGCUGCAGAUCCAACAGAACCUGGGACUCCGUGCACCAGCAGACCAUGAGAGCCAUCAGCAGAUUGGAGACCCGCACGUAUACGUCUCCAGGCUGCAGCGGAUCCCAGGGUUCCCAUGGAGCUCUGGGGUCCAACAGCAGCUCCGGAUCCAGCCCAGUCUGUGCCAUCUGUCUCGAGGAGUUCAUGGAUGGCCAGGAUUUGAGGAUUAUCUCCUGUGCUCAUGAAUUUCAUAGGGAGUGUGUGGACCCGUGGCUCCUGCAGCACCGCACAUGCCCGCUGUGCAUGCACAACAUCAUGGGUAAACAGCCUCAGGGUCCAGAGGUGACAUCCCGUCAGCCACAGAGAUCCCGCCUCCCGCCCCCUCCACCGGACCACCACAGCCAGGCCUUUCUCCUCCCUCAUCACUAUUCAAACCCACACCCUCACCCCCAGCACCAAAUCCCCUUCUCCAUGCGGCAUCACUAUCCCCGCACCCCCUCUGGGCCAUUACCCCAGUUUGGCCAUUAUGGCAACUCUCCCCCACUCCAUCCCCGCACCCUACGAUGUUUUCCCAGCACACCGUUGAGCGCUAGUUGCGUUUACCAUCUCGGCCCGGAAGCCCGUCACGGACGCCCGCACAGAACAGGAGGGCACAGGUGCCGGGCCGUAGGGCAUCACUACGGUCCUAGACGGCCGUGCACCCGCUGCCCCUCAGGGGUCCCGCGGAACCCUUCGGGCUCCCGUUCGUCACCCGCAAACCACGCGGCCCACCAUCACGUCCCACGCGGUGGAGGCACGCACGGUCGCCAAGACGACGGCAGCUGCUCAGGAGGGAGCUACCGCACGGAUCGCAGCGGUUACCUUCCCGACGUGCCAGUUAGCGAUUCCAGUUCGGGAUCGUGCCACGGCUCGUCCAGUGACUCAGUUCUAAAUUGUACGGACAUCAGCCUGCAGGGCGUGUACGGCAGCUGGUCCACGUUUCGCAGUUCGCUCAGUAGUGACUAUGACCCGUUUGUGUAUUGCGGGCCGGGCAGAGGGAGUGCAGAGGCCACGGAAAGACCUCGAUCUCUGGACUCGGUAGUGAACCGCUCGGGAAACGGACCUGGCGUUGAUGGGAACGCGAUGUGCUCGGAGGAGCAGCAACAACAGGUGGCUGUUUUCAGUCACGUCCACUAUCACAGACAUAGACACCACUAUUAUGAGGAGGGAGAGGUGAGUCAAGGGCCAGGCCGGGGCUCGGAUGAGGAACAGGGGGCAGCGGGUGGCCCUUCUAAUGCAGCUAAAGACAAAGACUCUACAGGGUGUCAGAUGCAGCAUCUUUCAUGCAACUGCCCCAAAACAGACAUGGGUUCGAGGGGUUUUGAGGACACAGACCCCUCCGGCCACUCCGUGGUCGUACCUUCCUCUUCUUUCACCUCUCCGUCACCCUCUUGUUUCCACAAGGGCACAGCAUGGCCCACCAGACGGAAAACAACCAGCUGUACGUUGGAAGCGACUCCCGGACCUUCGCCGGUUGUUCAUUUCCAUCAAAACUUGGACCUUCAAGAGGAUUGUAGCCUUCAUAUUCACUACGGACAGGGAGCGGGAAGCUAUUGCUACUCGCCUCCUCCAGAUGUGGCCCCCACGCUGCUGCCGGUUCCUCUGAUUUUGGACUCUACGGGAAUGACGGACUGGCCGUGUUGUGGGGGGGCUCACGUGGUGUGGCAGAAACAGGUUCAGCAGGCCUGUUCAGAGCCUCAGCUUCAAAAUUCUGCCUCUGCGGUGGACAGACCCCUGUGUAGGGCUCAUCACAGGCCAGGGGACGAACUUCCUAGAGACAUCUGCCUGUACUGCCAAACUUUACACAAUAGUCAGGGGUCAGAGGAAGAGUCUGGUGUUUGAGAAACACAUUGUCCCAAUCUCCUCACGCUGCUACACAAGAGCCGAUACGGACAAAACUCUUCGGCUGUCUCUCUUGCUGUCUUUUUCACACACACACAUCUGUAUACAUUCACAAACAUCCUUUACAACAUCAAACUGCAUUUUCCAGAGCACCCUGACCUCAGAAUAUCCUUCAUCAGCUAUCUGUUCAGUCAAUUUUUGACUUACAUCAUCCAUCCCGUACAUUGUGAAAGCCCACACAGUCAUCUGCCCAUAUUUCACACAGAUGCCACAAUUGCUACCAAGUUCCGCGUUGGAAUACAUUUUCUUCUUCUACGUCCGUUUUCUCCUUCAGGUCAAGAAACAGUUUCACGACAGAGACAUGACAUAUUACAAGAAUGUAUGUUAAACUGCUUGGGCGAUUGCAUUCGAGUAGAGUAUGUUUAAUAGCAUCCAUUUGUUAUCUCGCAUGCCCACCUGCUCAUUCUGACACUACCUGCCCCUUCUGUUUCAUUUCUUAAAAGUUAUACACCAGUUUAGCUUUCCUGGGCCGGUCAACGUUCAACCGUCCGGCUCACAGAUAAGCGGUUUCCAGCACUACCUCAGAUAAGCAGAAAAGUCCUGGUACUUCAAAGGUACAUAUCCAGUAGCCUCUCUUUACCUUUGAUAGAUAUAAACUCAGAGCAGAGAUAAAGAUCUUCAUAUAAUCUGUCCCUGGAGAAAAGAAGCUCCAGUGCUUUCUCACGGGUUUUCCACGUUCAGUUGUGGCAGCUGUUAUUUACUAAAUGAAUUGACUGAAUAUAUGGGGAAUGUUGUGAAGACGCUUUCCGUUUCGGUUCCGCUGUCUGUCAUUUGUUGCGGCUAAGGACUACGUUCCCAUAGUGCUUUACCUUCAAGUCCCUUUAGUCACGUAACCUAUUAACCUUGUUGUGGGCCCUUAAAGGGACACCGACAUUUUACAGAACGUCACCAGCAUACAAGCUCACAACUGCCUGUGUCCUUUAAAAUGAACAUUACAUGAAGUUUGUACAUUUGAUGUAAUCUACUGACAUAAUGCAAUGCCCAGCCGACCACCUAAAAACUUGAUUCUCUUUACACACACAGAGUGUAGUAACAUUUAUCUUUGCUCCGUUACCCAGAAGUCUCUAUUGCCAAAUAUUUAAAUAAAAUCUCUCAAAAACAGCCCUCCCAUUUCAAUAGAAGCAUCUGUGCCGUGUUGUUCAUUACCACAAAAAAUGUUCAAAAUUAAACAAGUAUUUUUAGCAGUAUUGCAUCUCCAAUGAUAAGCCACAUUUCUAUUUUCAAGUUAAGCGUUUAAUUUGUCUUUUCUAUAAUGUUGAAUGUUUCAAUCAUGAACACGGUCAUUUCUGGAUGACACAUGAGGCUCGUAUCCAUGGUUUUACUAUAGUAAAAGUGUAUUUACCAUGUUUUUAGCAGAUUCAUUACCACUUGUUUCACCACAGUUCAACUACAAAUAGUGAGACUUUUUUGUGGUUGCUUUGGUUUUACUACAAAUGAAGAGUUUGGUUCCAAAAUAUUUGUUUUUUAAAAAUCAUGUUUUUUACUGUGCAUUCCGAUUAAAAUAAAUCAAACUGCACUUGGUUUGUUUUGAUUUAAGCCAUAAUAACAAAAAAGCAGCUAACUAACUCAAUAAAACACAAUUAAAAACAUGAUAACAUAAUAAAAAAACAUGAUUUUGUUUUAUUUUAAGGACUCGUUCAUUUAGAAAAGCGAUACUGUAUUUUAAUAAUCUCUUAUAGUUUACACACACGGGUCAUUCUGCGGUCAGACUAUACUUUGAACAUGCAAAAUUCUUUCUGACAGUGCUGCGAAAAUAGGCUAGAGCGAUUCUUCCAUCUUUUACAUUUCUGUACCCAAAGGUAACUCUGGGACAUUUAGAUCUUCUAUUGGGCUCAUGCACUCACGUGGAGUGAAUUUGCAGGUCAGAGUUCACCAAACUUGAACUUUGCUACGCAGCGAAAUGUCUUUGGACAUACUUGCGUUUCCCGUCUGAUGCAUUCGCAUGUGUAUGAAUAGAAGUCAAUGGAACGAAAAGUCUACUGUGACCAUCAAAUUCAUUUUAAGAAACUUAGGUCCUAGGAUCCUUAACAGGCUAAAUAAAAGAAUUCUUGUACAGACAAAUCCAUUGAUGCUUUUAUAAAAGUUAAAACUUUUACAGAUGUGUUUCUUAACCUUCUGGUAUACCACGUCUAUUGUUAACACGUUAAUGUACACCUGAUUCUUUGACUCAUUGAUGGGCGGUUUCCCGCACAGGCAUUAAGACUAGUACAAGACUAAAAUGAAUGUUAGAGCGGUCUAAACUGACAACAGCUUGGUCUGACACAUCUCAAAAUACAGUGCAAUUGUUUUGUCUCAGAAUGCAGAAAAUUAAUGAUAAAAUGAACUACUUAAAUGCCCUAAUUUAACCAAGGCCUAGUCCUGAUUUAAACUAAUCUCUGUCUGGGAAACCACCCUUGUUGGUCUAAAACUGUUUCUUGGUGAUAAUCAGCAUGACACAGAUGCUUGUCAUAGGCUUUCACUUCUAUUGGAUACAUUUAUUUUAUGGAAAAAACACUGGAAAUCUUGCUGUGGCAAAAAUUCAUUUCAUUGUUUAUAUAUUUGCUGUAAGAUGUCAAAUGAAAAUGUAUGCACAUUUGUAGCUGUUUUCUCACUAGCUGAACCACAUUUUCAUUGCCAUAUUUCUGUAUGUAAUCAUUUUCUUUCAUGGUCAAAUGGUCACUCUUUCAUAACUCCCAUUUUGGUCAAAGGGUAAAAGCUCUUUAAGGCUUUUCUCUAAAUCCAAUCUUUAUGACAGUUUUUUUUAAAUCCAUAAAGAGAUGGUGCAUUUCUAGAAAGUUCAAUUUCUAGAAAAUUGAUGUAGAACUUUAGAUUGACUGAUUUAGAAUGUUUUAUAUCUAUGCAAAGUGUUCAUGUCUGAAUGGCCACGCUGGAUUGGCAAUUACUUUAUCAACCAAAGACACAGCAGGUGUAUGUGUGUUGUUCAUUUGUCCAAACAAACUACAGGCACACGAUUGUCUUUCAUUUCAAGUUAGUUGUCGAUUAUUGCCUUUGUCUAGAAAUGAUGCAAACUGCACUUUGCCAUGAAAAAUAUGCAUGUGAUUCAAGAGAGGAACUCAAAGUGAAAGCAGUAUGUAGCUACUAAUUCUACACAAUAUAACGUCAAUCAAUGUAAUGUCACUAAACAAUAAUGUCUGAUUUUUUUUACCUUCGGUCGAUGUGUUUGUUGUCACUCAUGUCUUUAUUGUUUAUUUGCUCUUUUUCGACAGAGAAUUACCUGAAACUGCCUUUGUAAUAAAGCAAAGUCCCUUCAGAAAUCCAGGGAUAUGCCAGUAUAUUUUCAAUAUGUUGUGUUUUAAAAGAAAGAUAAAACAGUUCUGAGAUAAAGUGUUGUAUUUUAUAUAUUAUAGAACAUUUCAAUAUGGCAAUGUCGCUAAUAUAUUUAUUUACUAAUAUAUUUAUCCAUUUUCGUCCAGGUCUGAGAAAGUUAAAGAUGUUGUUUUCUCACUUUUGGAAUGUUAUCUUUACAAAACUUACAGCUGCCAU